AUGUUUCUUAUUUGCAAUGGAAUCUUAGCUUUUCUUGCUAAGAGUUCUUCAGUUUCUUGCAAUCUUCCAUUUUCUGGGUCUGAUCUAAUCCAAGCCCACCAAUCAGAAGCGAAACCAAUGAAUUCUGAUAUUAUUUCAACACAGGAUAUUGCUUUGCCAAAAAGAGAAGAAGAAGAGGAAGAAGGUGACAAACCAGAAGAAUUAAAAGGAGAGAGUUUGAGGAGAGAGAAGGGAAAAAAUGAAGAGCUGAAUGCAAAAGAUGAAGUUAAGGAAGAACAAAAUGAUGCCCAGUUCUUAUUAAAGCAGGAUGAACAAGAUUAUAGAGAAGGAGAUGAAGGAAAUUGUGAGGAUUUGGCGAGUACUGAGGAGCUGAACAAGAGGAUUGAGGAGUUUAUAAGGAAAAUGAAGGAAGAGAUUAGAAUUGAAGCUCAAAGACAAAUAGUUGUAGUUUAA